GUGUUUGUAUAUAGAGAGAGAGGGGUAGCCUGUGAAAGGAGUCAAGGUGAAGCAUUAGGAUUCACAGUGUUUGCAGACAAAGGUUGGAGGCAAGUUAUUGGCAUCAUUGAAGUAAAUUGAUAAUAGUAUACCAGACUAGAAGGAUCUGUAUCAAUCGAUCCGAUCAUUUUUUUAGAGCAUAAUUAACAUCGGAGUUUGAAGGUAUGGAUUUGGGUGAGGUGUGGGCGAUCUUCGGACCAGGUGUUGCAGGGGCCAUAUUCGGCGCCGGCUGGUGGUUUUGGGUCGACGCCGUCGUUUGCAGUUCCGUCACGGUCUCCUUCCUCCACUACCUACCCGGUAUAUUUGCAUCUUUGGCCGCUUUGAUGUUCAAUUGCGUUAGAAGAGAGGACAUUGACUACUCACCUUACGAAGAAGGAGAGUGGAGGUUGAAGCUUUGGCUUUUCCUUGCUUAUGUUGUAUCCUUUGUCUCUCUAGCGGCUUCUGUCGGUCUAUUGAUACAAGACUCCAUUGUGACAACUGGGCCCUCAGUGUGGACAGGAACUGCAGGUGUUUUGCAGUGUGUGUUUGUGUUGAUCAGUGGGCUGAUUUAUUGGACAUCUCAUUCAGAAUAAGUUGCCGCACGUCAAAAACUUGCAGCGUCUGAAGCUGAAUCAUUUACUUUGGGAAAUACUACAUAUGCAGCAUGUAUUGCUUGUCUUUCUUUUUUCUUUUUCUUUUUCUUUUUCAAUUUUUAUUGGUGGGACUAUUCAGGUGUCACCUUGUGUAAAUUUUUGUGUUAUGCUAACAAUCUUAAGCAUCUAACCUGGAGUAAAUUAAACUUUUUCGAAAUUAAGAUGAGAUCCAGACUUUGUUACUA